UGGGCUGGUGAGAGAUCGAGCAGAGGAGAGAGUGAAGCUGCAGCAGCCAGCAGAUAAAAGCUUUUUCUCUCCUUCUGCCGGCGUCUGCGAGCCGCGGAUAAAACAGAGCCGUGCAGCCGGCAGAGGGAGCGGCGGAUCCGGUCCGCCUGCCGCCGGAUCACCAGGCCUCAAACCACAAACAGGGACAGAUCUGAGCUGAUCGGAGGGACCGCCCAACAACGCAGGAACACUCGGUGCCGUUCCAACCUCCAGCGUAUCAAUCGGAUCGGCUUCUCUGAAUGUUUCGUUUCAGCCGGAGACGCCUCCCGUCUUUGUUUCUGGGAGGACGCAAUGUUUUAGGCUCCUCUGCGGUUCUACGUGAUGCUCUGGACUAUCCUUCACCAGACUCUGAAUCUUCUUGGCUCUGCUCCAGAUUCGCUGCACAUCUGCACAAGAAGAAGCUAACUGAUGACCAGAACUGCUUUCUGUUUCGACUUCCCAGCCUCGGAGUCCAGAGGCCUGCUCCUAAUUAGGAGAAAACAGACUUGAGGAGUUAUUAAGGGGUCUGUGGACGUGUUUUCGACAUACUGAUCCUCAUCCUGCAAACUGUGGUUUUCCAGCUGUUGCAUCGUCGCAGUGCACCACCUGAUGAGGAGACGGGGCUCCUGAGUUCCCAAGGGCUCAUGGCAAAAUGACAACUUUAAACCUCAGGGAAUGAGAUGGAGUGGAAAGAUCCCAGCUUUUCAGAACUGCAAAGUCAUAUUCAGACUUUUAAUUGCCACCACACUGAGGAUAAAGAGACGUGUCAGAGGAGCCAAAUCAUCACAGGAGAAACCUCCUUAACGGUCCGGAUUAGACGUGAGGAGCGGUGGAAAUCAGACUGAGUCUUUAGUAAGCUGUCAGAGUAUUGGCUGGACUUCCUGCAAUCUGUUGCAGCAUUGGCUGAUGGCUCCCUCUGUCACACACAUCCAGACUGCAGGACGUGCAGCAGGAAUACCAUGGGAAGACUCAGAUAUACUGAUCUCUCUUCUUCUCUGCUGCAUUAACAUUACCACAGCGUGGUCUGUGGAUCAUUAAUUCAUGAGCUUAGAUAGAGCUCUUGGAUCCCUUCAUUCUGGUUCUGUUGAUCGGAAUGAAACGGGAGCAGAUCAGAAGGUUUUUCUCACCUUGGGAUAUAGCUGUCUUCAAUUUUCCUGGGACUUUUAAUGAUUGAUGGAAGAUGAGACUAGAAAACAAGUUGACAUUCGUUUCUUUGGCAUGAAGGCUGGAGAAUCCCAGAUGGGAUGAAAGCGACUCUGAUCUGUUGCCUUAGACUAGCUACCAAUAAAUCUGAGUCCUAAGCUGGACUGGGCUGAUUUCCACCUGUAUCCUUUCACCGGACAAAUGGACUGGAGAAUAUUCUUCCUGGAUUGUUAUUUUGGAAGGUAGCAUAGUAAAAACCAUCCUCUCGUUCUACGCUUUGCUUCAUUCAGAGGGUCUGGGCUCUCGGCUAUUGAGCGACAGUUGCUUCCUCGAGGUGUGGACUGUGCCAGUUCAACGCAGUGAAGCUUACAAAGAAGUGCCGAGCUGAACGAGAUGGCUGUUAAUGGUGAUUCAAUAUUUGGAAGCGUGACCAACAUUCACUUCCCUCACUGCCAUUGCUAAAACUACAAACGGUGCAGAAAAUCAUUCACAAGUCCUUCUGUUUGCUGACUGGCCUGGUUGAGUCCAACUCAGUGGGAGAAAACCUGGAGAUUUGAAUCGAGAGGAUUAGCGCAGGAAGGCAAUGGCCAAACCUUAGAGGUUGAUCUUUUAGCUUCCCGUUUCGCUGCCUUCAUUCUCCCCCGGGGCAUCACCGGAGACAUGGGGAAUUCAAUGGGUUGCGUUCGGCCUCUAAGGGAGGGCGAUCCGGACGGCGCACCGACCCUGACACCAAAGAAACGUCUUCGCUUCAGACGUAAGCAGAAGGGCAAUAAGAACCAGAGGGCUGGGGAGGAGAAACGGACCCGGGUGCAUGAGUCCGACGAGGUCGACCAGGUGAAGGAGAAAAAUCCUGAAGGUGUGGAGAGUAGCAGAACAGUGCCUGAAUCCCAUUUACGUCAUUCCAGAACCGAUCCACACAGCAAUACUCUGUCUCCCAGCUCUAUGGGUGGACUGUUGAGCAGCCGAAUACUCGAAGCGACUCCCAAGCCCAGUCCAGCCUGGAGAGGAGUCUUCUGCCUUCCUGGGGAGGAAGACACGGUCAGCGCCAUCAUCGACGUCUCCAGCAUCCCGAGCCAAACCACAGCCACCACCCCGGUCAACACGGCGCCGGCCCUGGGCAGUACCACUCCAGGAGGAGGCAGGGUCUGCCGGGUUAGGGAGAAAGUUCAAGGCAUUCUGGAAAAACCUUGGAUACACAAAAGGGAAGAGGAGAAGGAGAAAGUGAGUAAGGAUGGAGGGGGAAACAGGCCAAAGGCAGCAGUAAAGGAGCAUAAAGGUGUAGUCCACAUCCGAGAGGUGGAUGGGAAGCUCUGCGUGGUGCGGACGGUCUACCCCAGUGAUCUGGGCUCCCCGCUGCGGAAGGACAACGAGGUGGAUGUUCAUAAAGAACCUCCGGCACCGUCGCCCGUCACAGGAAACAUCCUGAAAGUUAAGCUGGUAGAACCAGCAGGUGAUUCCUCGACAUCUUCCGGCCAUUUGCACAUCCAGGACACCAUGAAAGCUUCGUCUCUUUUCGAGUCGGGCUACUCUAGCGAUCUUCCUCUGACAUCUCCGGAAACGGCAGGUACCACUCCCAGUCAAACGGACUGGGGAGGCCUGACCAGCAGCUCGUCUGAGAAACUGGACUCUACCCUGGAGAGUCCGCUGGUGCCGCAGAAACAGGCGGCUUCGAAGCACCUGCCGCAGAUCUCGGAGAUCUACGUCUGCGGCGAGUCCGCUGACCUCACAGCCAAAGAGAAGCUGCUGCUAUGGAGCCAGCAGGCCACCGAGGGCUACCCCGGCCUCCGCUGCACCAACUUCAGCUCGGCGUGGAGCAACGGCCGCAUGUUCAACGCGCUGCUGCACAGAUACAGGCCGGACCUCAUCAACAUGGAGGCCGUGACCCGGCAAAGCAACCGGGAGAACCUGGAGCAGGCCUUCGAGAUCGCCGAGUCGCUGGGCGUGACCAGGCUGCUGGACGCCGAGGAUGUCGACGUUCCGUCUCCAGACGAGAAGUCCGUCAUCACUUACGUCUCCUCGAUUUACGACGCUUUCCCUAAAAUCCCAGAGGGAGGAGAAGGCAUCGCCGCACAGGAAGUGGACCAGCGCUGGUCGGAGUACCAGUCCAGGUUCUCGUCUCUGGUCCAGUGGACCCGCCAGCAUACGGGCCUCAUGGCCAAGAAGAACUUCCCACAGAACCCAGUAGAACUCAAGGCACUUUAUAACGAGUACAUCCAUUUCAAAGAGACGGAGAUCCCCAGCAAGGAGACGGAGAAGUCUCACAUCGAGCAUCUCUACAAGCUGCUGGAGGUCUGGAUCGAGUUCGGCCGGAUUAAGCUUCCUCCGGGCCUCCAUCCCAACGAUCUGGAGGAGGAGUGGGGCAAGCUGAUCCUGGAGAUGCUGGAGCGGGAGAAGGCCCUGAGGCCGGCCGUGGAGAGAGUGGAGCUGCUGCUGCAGCGAGCCAAUAAGAUCCAGAACACGGCCGUGGACUGUGAGGAGAAACUCACCCUGGCCAAGAACACGCUGCAGGCCGACGCGUCCCGAGCCGAGAGCGGCGAGGCGGUGCAGUGCGAGAGAGAAAUGGCGUGUUACCUGCAGGACUGCGAGGCGCUGAUCCGGCAGAUCGAGCAGGAUCUGAAAAUCCUGCGAGAGGAAAAGUACUACCAGGUGGACCAGCUGGCCUUCAGAGUUAACUGCCUUCAGGAGGAGCUGGUCUCGCUCCGGCUGCAGUGCUCCAGCGUCUACAGGAAGGGCCACUUCUCUCAGGCCCUGGGGCCCACCAGCACGGAGCCGCCCUGGCAGAGAGCCACAGACGGAGGCCUCUCUCUGGGUCAGACCCUGCUAGGCGCCGUGGGGGCCGCGGGGGCCGUUGGAGCCGCUCUCUUGCGGCGGCCGGUGGCGCGCUCCCAGCUGGUGGCCAUGUCGUCAUCAGAGGACGAAGGAAGCCUGAGGUUCAUCUACGAGCUGCUGGGAUGGGUGGAGGAGACGCAGGAGCUGCUGGAGGGAGCAGAAUGGGGCGCAGACCUCCCCUCUGUGGAGAACAACCUGCAGGAGCACAACACCAUCCACACGGCUGUGGAGGAGCUGCUGAGCAGCCUGCAGGAGGCGCGCAGCUACGAGGCUAAAGUAUCCCCGAACUACAAAGGCAGCUACUCAGAAACCCUGGCCAAACUGGAGCACCAGUACUGCAAGCUACUCGAACAUUCGUCAUGCCGCCUGCAGAGCCUGGAGAGUUUGCACGCGUUCGUGUCCCGCUGCACCGAGGAGCUGAUCUGGCUCAACGAGCGCGAGGAAGAGGAGAUCUCCUUCGACUGGAGCGACGGCAACGCCAACAUGAGCGCCAAGCGGGAGCUGUACGAGGAGUUGAGGUUGGAAUUGGCAGAGAAACAGGAUAUGAUGCGUUCCAUCCAGGAAACGGCUGGCCGGCUCUGUCAGGAAAACCAUCCGGCCAAACAGACUGUGGAGGCCUACAGUGCAGCGCUGCAGACGCAGUGGCAGUGGGUGGAGCAGCUGUGUGUUUGUGUUGAGCAGCAUCUCAAAGACAACACCGCCUACUUCCAGUUCAUGAGCGACGCCAGGGACUGCGAGUCGUACCUGCGGCAGCUUCAGGAGACGAUAAAGAGACAGUACACCUGCGACAAGAACAGCCGGCUGAGCAAACUGGAGGACCUGCUGCAGGACUCCAUGGAGGAGAAGGAGCAGCUGAUUGAGUACCGCAGUACGGUGGCCAGCCUGGUGGGUCGGGCCAAGACGGUGGUCCAGCUCCGGCCCCGCGGCGCGGAGAGCCCACUGGGUGGCGCCACACCCAUCAGAGCCAUCUGCGACUACAAACAGAUCGAGACAAACGUUCAGAUCACCAUCAACCGGGGCGAGGAGUGUGUGCUGGAGGACAACUCCCAGCGGACCAAGUGGAAGGUGAUCAGCCCGACUGGGAAUGAAGCCAUGGUUCCCUCCGUGUGCUUCUCCGUCCCUCCCCCCAACCAGGAGGCCAUCGACACGUCCAGCAGGGCGGAGCAGCUCUACCAGAAGGUGAUGUCUCUGUGGCAUCAGCUGCAUGUGAACAUGAAGAGCGUGGUCACGUGGCACUACGUCCUCAAAGACAUCCGGUCCAUCUCCGGCUGGACUCUGGACUCGGUUCGCAGUCAGAGUCCGUCGGAGCGGCAGCAGCUGCUGGACCACAUGGCGUCCCAGCUGGCCGACUUCCUGUCCGACAGCAGGGAGAGUUCGCUGUUCACGGCGGCCGAGAGACGGGAGCUGGAGCGGGACGCUCAGCAGGCGCAGCAGCACUGCCAGGACCUGCUGCGCCACAUGGAGACAGCGGAGAAAGACGAGUCGGUGUCGCGGUCGUACCUGUCGGAGCUGCAGGACGUCGCGCUGCGUCUGGACGAGGCCGAGCGCCGGCUGACCAGGGCCAUCGAGACUCCGCCUCCCAGCCGGCUGUCCAGCGCCGACUUGGACAACACGCUGCAGAUCGCAGAGCAAGAGAAGCUGCAGUCUGAGCUGGACUCGCUGCGCUGCGGUCUGGGCGACGUGUCGCGGCGCUGCGUCCGGUUCUUCGAGGAGAAGCCGUCGUCCUCCAGCGUUCCCGUCCUGCGCUCGCAGCUCGGUCAGGCCGUGGAGCGAACCGACAGGCUGCACCACCUGUCAGCGCUCUACCUGGAGAAGUUAAAAACGGUCGCCGUUUUGAUGCGGAGCCUGGAUGAAGCGGAGAGCCAGGUCAGGAAGUACGAGAGCAGGCUGAGCGAGGAGGACGUCGUUCCAGCCGACACCAACGCCAUCCAGAACCUCAGAGACCAGCUGGGGCGGUGGCAGGCGGAGCUGUCAGAACAAGAGGAGACCUUCCAGGCCCUGCAGGUCCAACUGGGCCGGGCCAAAGAGGCGGGAGCCGAGCUGGGGAAGCUGCAUGUGGACCGCAGCCCCGAGCUGGAGCGCUACCAGGAGAGAGCCAAUCAGAUGGCAGAGAGGUGGAGCGGCGUCAAGCGGCAAACGGAAACACGGCGGUCGGACCUGGAGGUUCUGGGCUUGGCGCUGCAGCAAUACCGGCAGAACCACUCGGCUCUGAUCCGGUGGAUCGAAGAGACGACGGAGAGGCAGGAGAGCGCCCAGGCCGGACAGACGGACAGCAGGGCGCUGUCAGAGCAGCUGGCCCAGCAGACGGCGCUGGUGGCUGAAAUCGAGCAGAACCAGACCAAACUAGACGAGUGCCAGACCUACUCCAAACAGUACUGCACCUCCGUCAAGGAUUAUGAGAUGCAGCUGAUGACCUACAGGGCGUUUGUGGAGUCGACGCAUAAAUCCCCAGUGAAGAGGAGGAGGAUGCACUCUUCGUCUGACGCCAUCACUCAGGAGUUCAUGGAUUUGCGGACGCGCUACACGGCGUUGGUGACGCUGACCACCCAGCAUGUGAAGUACAUCAGUGACGCCCUGAGGAGACUGGAGGAGGAGGAGAAAGAGGUGGAGGAGGAGAAGCAGGCCAGGGUGGGCCAGGUUUCAGAGCUGCUGGGCUGGGUCAAAGGUCUGCAGGGUCGGACCGGCGGCCCCAGCGCAGAGUCGUCGCUGGCGGCACAGCAGGCCAUCAGCGAACAGCUGGCGGGGAGGAAGGAGCAGGUGGCCGAGGCCAUGCGCAGCACGCAGGGCUUCCUCUGCUCCAAACAGGCCAGCAAGUUGUCCCCGGAGGAGCGCGCCGCAGUGGAGGCUCAGCUGGACGAACUGACGGCCACCUACAACCAGCUUCUGGACAGCUCCACCCAGCAGCUGCAGCAGCUGGAGCAGCAGCUGGCCAGAGAGCAGGAGAGAAAGAACCGAGCUGCCAUUGGAGGCGUGAUCGACCUGGGCACCGUGGAAACCUUCUCAGUGUUUCAGGCAGCCCAACGGGGUCUCAUCGACCAGGACACCUGCAGUGUUCUGCUGGAGGCCCAGCUGGUCACGGGUGGACUCGUCCGACCAGACGCAUCGGGGGUUUAUUCAUUGGAUCAUGGUCUAACUGAAGGCCUCAUUGAUGCUCACACCUGUCAGUCACUAGCUGAACUUGAAAGUGCCAUGGAGUUGAUAAAGGAGUCUGUGGGUGACCAAAAACCUUUGCCCGUAGCUGCAGCCAUGGAGUCGGGGUUGAUCACAGAAGAGGUUGGACUUCGUAUACUUGAACUUCAGAUGAACAGUGGUGGACUCAGAGAUUCAUGUGGGAAAAUCAUGAGUUUGGAGCAAGCAGAGGAUAUGAGAGUUUUGCCUUCCAGGAUCUUAAACAAGCUUUACUCUAGAAUUCAGCACAAAGAGUUGCUCGAUCCAAACACAGCUGAAAAGGUCAACAUAGAAGAGCUGAAGCUGCGCUGUAUUCCUGAUGACGACUCAGGUCUCCUCCUCCUUCCUGUCAAACAGCAGCCUGGAGGAACCGUUUGCCUCCGAUCUGGAAGAAAAGUUGGCAUCUUUCGCGCCGUCCAGGAGGGACUGAUUGACCGGGCGGAUACCGUGAGGCUUCUCGAGGCCCAGCUGUUCGCCGGUGGCAUCACUGACCCACGUUCUAGCCACCGGCUGACAAUUGGUGAGGCUGUUCGUCAUGGGCUUAUGGACCAGGAUUUAGCUUGUGCUAUGUUAGCACGACAACUGCAGAAUGGGGGGAUUCUUGACCCGCUCAGUGGGCAACGCCUGGAUUUAGAGGAGAGCAUUCGCAGGGACCUUCUCUCCCCUCGUUUGGCUCUGUUGGUUCUUGAGUCUCUUUGGACUUUUACAGGACUCCUUUGGCCUGAAUCUGGAGAGCUGAUGCCCAUUGCAGAGGCUCUUCAUCAAGGGGUGAUAUCAGGUGAUCUAGCAAGAAACAUCUUAAGACAGAGACAUGCCAUUGGAGGGCUGUACAGUGCAGAAACUCUCAAAGUCUUGCCCCUUAAUCAAGCUACAGAAGAAGACCUUGAGCCCGAUGUUGUAAGAUGUCUCCGAGACAUUCAUAUACCAGACAUUCUCUACAACAUGAGCCAGUCCGGUACUCCAUCUCUAAACCGCCUGAGCUGGGGAUCAACCAGCUCCUCUUCUCCGCCUCUAUCAUCUCCUACAAACAUCAUGUGGGAAGCUUCACCAACCGAUAGGGUCGAUCCUGAAGUUCAAGCCAAAGACAAGCUUCUCUUUCACCUCAUGACUCACAGCUAUGUGGAUGCACAUUCUGGAAAAAGGCUGGUGCUCCUUGACCAAGAUCUGGUGCUUGUAGUUAAAGACUCUUGUUUGGCUGCAGGAGAAUCGAGUGAAGACGAGUCAUCAAACAAGUUGGCUGGAGAUAAACUGCAGACAUUGGGCAGUGGGGAAAAUGUUAGAAUGACAAAUGAAGCAGAAGAACACAGUUCUGAUCUGGAAACUUCAGUAGAUAACACUGAAAUGAUGAAUACAAGUGACGAUGGAAAGGGCAUUAGACUACCACCGAAGUUACCUGAAACCACAGGCAGAGAUGGCCUUUCUGAUCCUGAACCUUCUGUUUACACCAAAGUACAUAAAGAAAAAGAAGGGUCCAGUUUGCAAAGUGAAAUGAUUUCAUGGAACUAUCAAGAAGUAAUAAAACACAAAGCCAAUGCUGUAGGUGAAACCGUUCCUCAACAUCUAGAGGUCAAAGAUACAAUCACAAAAACAUCUUUUAAAUUGGAGGAAGGCAUUAAAAGAGGCACACAGCAGGAACAAAUGUCAAAAGUAAAAGAAAGUAAGGAGGUAAAUCUGAGAGAGGCUCAAGAACUCAAAGGUACAAAAAGUUCUCCAACCGAUUUAGCAAGUGUGUCUGAAACGGAUGUUGACUUCAAGGGAUCAGAGACUGUAGUUGAUGAACCACUGAUGGAGGAGCGAGAGGAGAAUGCAGAGUUGGAGAGAUUGGUCCUGGAGCUCAAACAGGGAGGUCUGAUGACAGAGGAUGGAGAGAAGCUGCUGCCAGAUGAAGCAGUAGCUCAAGGUGUCCUUCCUGGUCAUACAGCAGUUAAACUGAUGGCUCAGGCAGGCCUGUUUGGGGGAUUCCUAGAUGCCACCAGUGGGGAGUCGCUGAGCUUGGAGGAAGUGAUGCAGGAGGGCUUACUAGAUGAAGAUCUUAUGUGGGGUGUCCUGAAGUCAGAUAAAACUCUUGCCGGUGUUGUGGACAUCGAGAAAGGUCAGAUCUGUGGGGUGAGGGAUGCAGCUCAGGCUGGACUCAUUGAUCCUAACACUGCUGCUCGACUCCUAGAAGCCCAGGUUGCAUCUGGAGGGAUUGUCGACUUACGUAGGGAUAAGAAAGUCUCUGUCACUUUAGCAGCAAACCUGGGUCUAAUUGAAGAAGACCAAAGAGAGGAACUGAUUGCUCUUGAAAAGGCUUUCAAAGGAAAGGAUACAGACUCUGCAACCAGCCUCAGAAAGGCAAGUUUACAGCUGCAGAUGGAGGGUGUUGUCGACCCUGAAACCAAGUCUCCAGUUCCUUUAGAACAAGCAAUUAAGAAAGGGUUAAUUAGAUCUGAUGAGGCCUAUCAGGUGUUGGCAAGACAGGUGGCUGAAGGUGGCAUAAUCCACCAUGCUUCAGGAAUGAAACUCUCUGUCUCUGAUGCUGUAGAUAGAGGACUAGUGGAUCGGUCAAUAGCUCCGGGGCUUGAGGAACUAGAAUGGAUCUAUCGAGGAAAAAUCAGUGCCUCAACCAAACCAGAAGCAAUUGCUUUCCAGGCAACAACUGGAGCUAUUUUGGAUCCUGAUAAUGGAGUUAAGCUGACACUGUCAGAAGCUGUGUCGAAGGGUCUUCUAGAUGACAAGAUGGCCACUGAAGUCAUGGCUUCUCCGGUGGUAACGCAGGGAACAAUUGACCCAAAAACUGCACAGAUUGUGCCUUAUUCAGAACUUGUAAGUCAGGGUAAGAUUGAUAUUGAAACAGGCAAACGCUUUUUGGAGGUGAAGCCCUUCCAAGGUGUUCAGGAUAAGCAAACCUUGGAGACCCUGACCCUCCCUGAGGCUGUUGCUUUGAAGUGGGUUGAUCCAGUUCCAGCUGUAAGGUUGCUCCAAAGCCAGGCAGACACUGGUGGGAUCAUUGAUAUCUACACUGGAGAGAGGCUCCCACUGCCUGAAGCCUCUGCCAGAGGUUUAGUAAGUGGUGAUAUGGUCAAAGAAAUAGCCACCAACCAGUUUGUCAAAGGAGGUUUGGUUGAUCCAGCAACUAGACGGCGAGUGUCAGAUCUUAGUGAUGCCAUCACUUCUCAGCUGUUGACGAGAGACCUGGCUUUGGAGAUCCAGGAGACGCUAAAGGAAAACUUUCCAGAUGAUCAUUUUACAACUGUUGUAGCUACUGGGCCAAGAACCGACAGUCCAGCAAACAUGUCUGCAAACACUAGGACAUCCUCAGGAUCUCCAUCUUCUGUUAGAGGUUUAGAAGUUACAUACAAUUAUGACGAGACGUUCAGAAGUGAAAUUUCAGAUCAGUCACUUUUACAUCCUGAAGAUGAGACGGUAGCAGAAAUGGAACCUGAACAGUCAAUGGAUCUGUUAUCCAAGUUUGCAUCUAAUGUUGAAAAAAGAAUCCAGCAAGCCAUUCAAGAGAUCCUGCCACAAAAACUGGAUAAUCGUCAUCAACAAGAACCGAGUGAAAAAAUGGAGACUGAGGGUAAACAAGGGGAGAACUUAACCAGAGGUUCUGUAAAAGAAUCUACUCGGGUGAUAAUCGAUCAUAGUGAAGAGGUUCAAAAAGAAGAUGGCCAGGAGCCAGAAAAAGAUGAGUACAUGGAGAGUGGACCUACUGAGAGCACAGUAAUGGUCCAUCGUGGGUCUGAAGAUGUGAAGUCAGAAGAAAUUAUAGUCAACAGAGAAACCAAAGAUCCCAGAAGCUUCCCACGGUUUCUAGCAGGGAAUGAGGACCUUACAUCUUUGCAGGCCAAAAGUAGCACUGAUGUGGAGCAGUCAGAUCAGUUCUCUGCUUCUACAAGUAAAGAGUCAGACAACAAAAGCAAAAAGAAGAGGAAGAGUAAAAAGAAGGCAAGAGGGAAAGAAGUAGAAACUGAAACUCAUCUUCCAGAGAUGAAACAUGAACUUCAAACUCAUCAAAUCAGUCCAGAAACCAAGGAGAUCCCACAGGUUGCCCCUGUUGCCACAGAAGAAAUCACAUUAGAUGCAAAUGUGCAGAAGUCAGAUUCCUACAUUCCAACUGCUACUGACCCUUCCUCUGACGAGAGAAUGGAAAGGACUGAAGAGAAAGUUCAGACUGAAAAUGUUUUGGUAGAUCAGGAGCAGGAAGAGGUUCUUCUCAGACCAAACACUGAGAUGGAGGAAGAUGCAACCAGGACAAUAUUGGGUAGAACUCCAGAGAAGGUUGACAUGAGGGUAGAAGAAGAGGAAUCAGUGACGGAGCAGGAAGAAGUUUCUCUUAAACCAAACACUGAGAUGGAGGAAGAUGAAGCUAAAACAAUGUUACUAAAGUCGUCACAAGAGGUUUCCAAGCAGGAAGAGGUAAAAAAGGAAUCUAUGGAGAAGGCUUUGAUUGCUGAACAACUGGAAGCACCAGAGGUACAGAAGAGCAUAGAAGCAGAAUCUCUGACAAAGUCAAGUCUUAAAGAGGAUGAAAAAGCAGCCUUGAUUCUGAAAGCUAAAGAGAGCAUUCUUAAGAAAGUGUUUGAGAAGGGAGUGAGUGAUAAACAGGCAGCCCAAGAGCUGGAGGCGCUGAGGAAGAAGAAGCAAAGUAAAACGGGCGAUAAGAAGACAGAAACUAAAAGUGAAGAAGGUGACGCUGACAGGAGCAGCUCUGCUCUACAGAAAGACCGUAAAGAUCAAGUAACUGUCAAAAAGGACCCUGUGGUGCUGCAGAGGACACCUGGAGAUAUUCCUGCAGUUACAGAGACGCUGGGAACAUCUUCAAGUGAAGACAUCAGGGCUAAGCAGAAAGAUGUUGAGACUCUUCCAACAGUCUCAAAAAGUAAGAGAAGCAAGAGGAGCAAAAAGCUAAAACCAACUGGAGAUAAAGCCGAGAUGGAGAAGGCACCCACAGAUCUGAAAGAUCCAACAUACACCACAAAAUCUCCUCCUGCACCAGAGUCAGGCGGCACAGUUUUGAAGGAAUACUUGAAGGUGAGCACUGAUGAUGACCAGGCAGCUGGAACAGCUACCAAAAAACCAGAGAGUCUAAAACCAACCAAAUAUCAGCCUGAAUUGGAGAAGGUAAAACCAGAUGGGAAAAUGGGUUCUGGCCUGAAAGAUACAAAAAUGAUCUCAAAAUCUGAGGCAAAGCAACAGCCAGAAAGCAGAAUUUUGUCUGACGCCGGGAAGUUGAGCACUGACACUGAUGAUCAUUCAGUUGGUACAACUACCAAAAAACCAGAGAGUAUAAAACCAACCAAAGAUCAGUCUGAAAUGGAGAAGGCACUGUCAGAUGUUGAAGAGCCAAAAUAUACAACAAAAUCACCUACUGAAUCUAGGUCUGGCAGAAAUGUUUUGACUGAAGGCGUGAAGGUGAGCACUGAUGAUGAGUCAGUUACAAAGGAUGAAAAACCAACUGAAGAUCAGCCUCAGGUGAGGAAGGUAAAGCCAGAUGAGAAAAUGGCUUCUGACCUGAAAGGUACAAAAAUGAUCUCAAAAUCUGGUGCAAAUCAACAGCCAGAAAGCAGAAUUUUGUCUGAAGACCUAAAUGUGAGCACUGAUACUGAUGAUCGGUCAACUGGUGCAGCUACCAAUAAGACAAAGAGUCUAAAACCAAGCGAGAUGGAGAAGGUAACUUCACAUUUGAAAGAUCCAGAAUAUACGACAAUUUCAGCUGCAGAACCAGAACCGGAUGAAAAAGUUUUGACUGAAAACAUGAAGGUGAGCACUGAUGAUCAGUCAGUUGGUGCAACUUCCAUGAAGCCUAGAAGUCUGAAACCAUCUGAAGAUCAGCCUGAAAUGGAGAAGGCAACUUCACAUCUGAAAGAUCCAAAAUCAGCUGCAGAACCAGAAUUGGACAGCAUUAUUUUGACUGAAGACCUGAAGGAUAUUAAUUAUCAGUCUAUUGUUGAAACUAACAAAAAGUCAAAGAGUCGAGACGAUCAGCCAGAGGAGGAGAAGCUAAAACCAGAUGAGAAAAUGGGUUCUGACCUGAAAGGCAUGAAAAUUACCUCCAAAUCUGAUGUAAAGCAACAGCCGGAAAGCAGAAUUUUAUCUGAAGACCUAAAGGUGAGAACUGAAGCUGACGAUCAGUCAGUUGGUGCAGCUAGCAAGGAGCCAAAGAUGCUAACUAAACAUCAGUCUGACGUGGAAAAGUCACUGUCAGUUCUGAUGGAUCCAAAAUAUAUGACAAAAUCAGCUGCAGAACUGGAGUCAAAUGGCAAAAUGUUGACUGAGGAUGUGAAUGUGAGCACUGAUGAUGGUCAGUCAGUUGGUGCAGCUAGCAAGGAGCUAAAGAGUGAAAAACCAGUUGAGGAUCAGCCUGAGCUGGAGAAGAUCACAUUCAAAGGAAAAGGAGAUUCUGGCCUAAAAGACAUGAAAACUAUCACAAAAUCUGGUGCAAAGCAACCAACAGAAAGCACAGUUUUGACUGAACACCUAAAGGUGAGCGCUGAUGAUGAUCCUUCAAAGGGUCUAACUACUAAGGAGCCAAAGAGUGAAAAACCAGCUGAAGAUCAGCCUGAGCUGGAGAAAAUGACCGAUGGAAAAGUGGAUUCUGACCUAAAAGAUCUAAAAAUAACCUCAGGAUCUGAUACAAAGCAACCAGAAAGCAGAUUAUUGUCUAAAGAUUUAACUGUGAGCACUGAUACUGAUGGUCAGUCAGUCGGUGACCCUGCUAGACCAUCAGAUGUUGGUAAAGUCAAUCAGAAACACCCUGAAGGAGUCAAAAGUCUCCAAAAAAGUCAGAUUGAACAAGCUACAGAAUUACUCUUAGACCAGAGCGACUUGACAGAUUUAUCUCAGGAGGUUUCUAGCAAACAGGAGAGAAAGUCCUUGGCUCAACCUGCUUCUCUUGACCCACAUUCUGAGAAAAGCCAAAGGAAGGAAAACCUGCAGCCACCUGCAGCUGAAAGCUCUGAUGUUUCUGAAUCUUUAACAAACCUGCAGCGGCAUCUGGAUUCUCCAGAAACUGCCGCUUUAUCUAAAGAUGAUGCUUCAAUUAAAUCUGAAUCUCUAAAAGUGACUGAGGUGGAUCUGAGCAAUGAGAGCCUAGAAGACGAAGAAAAAGUUUCCAAGUAUCAAGAAACUCUGUCGACCAAAGAGGAAGCACCGUCCACAGGAAGCAAGUCAUCAUUAUUGCGUCAGCAAUGUCUGGAACAUGACCAGCGAAUCAUAGCGCUGCUCUCCAUGGUCCGACACGUUGAAGUCCGACUGAAACAACAGCAGCAGUUGGUGGACCGCAGCCUCGUCAUGUUGGACGGCAUCAUCAACCGGACUGAGAUGCUGGACCUUGAACUCUCCAACUUGGAGCCUGAGAUAAGCAAAGAAGUUGAAGCUGCAGAGCGACUGUUAAAGCCCAGACCGACCGACGUUCCUCCGCAGCUGCUGCUAGCCUUGGAGAAAGAUGGGCGCAGCUUAGCCCGAGCUUACGAAGCGGCUCGGUCGCUCUCCAAGAGCGUCCUGCAAAGUCUGCGGGACCACAGAGACUCGUGCAAGGAUGCAGUGGCAGCUGAGCAGAAAUGUUUGGGACAACGUGUGGAUGGGCUGCUGUUCAGGUUGAGUGAGACAGAGGCUCAGAUGGACGGAGACACAGCGGGGAAGGAGGGGACCCAGGCUGGGCUCACACAGCAGCUGGAUCUCUGCAAGGAGCUCCAGUCUUCGCUGUCGACUUGCUCCGAGGAAGUCAGCAGCCUGGUCUCCGACAUCCAGCUCUUCAUCUCUGAGCGCGCUCAGGACCUGGCCCCCGAGCAGAGCAGGCGGCUCCUGGAGCAGCUGCAGCAGCUGCAGACGGCCUUCCACCACACGUCGGGCCGAGCCGAGGCCUGGGCCGGCGCUCUGGCCGCUCAGCGCGGCAGGGAGGAGGAGGAGAGGCGGCGCCGAGAGAGGCGCAGUGAGGAAGAGGAGGAGGACAGAGAAAGGAAAAAAGCGAGGGAGAGAGAGGUGGUGCAGCAGCAGAAAGCAGAGUGCUCUCAGAAACUGGAAGGCCUCAACGCGUGGUUGGCCGGAGCCGCAGGCCUGCUGGCCAAUCAGAGGGCUGGACCGGAGUCAGGUGACGUCGGCGCCCUGCAGGAGAGGCAGAAAAAGCUGAAGGAGGUGCAGAGGGACCUGCAGGCGAAAGCCGACAGCGUGGCUCAGGCCGUCCGGUCAGUGGAGGAGUUUCUGGCAGAGAAAGGAGACGGUCUGAGCGCAGAGGAGAAGAAGAACCUCCAGGUGGCGCUGGAAAGACUGAAGGAGCAGAACGCUGCCCUGACAGACUCGACCAACACUUCGCUGUCAGAGCUCAACGACGCCAUCAGUACGACCGUGCAGCAGAACACGCAGAGGGCGAAAGCGGUGGAGGAGCUUCAGGAAACCCAAAGCCAGAUCGACUCCCUGCUCUCCUCCUUCAGCCAACUGGACCGGAUCGCAGCGCCGCAGGAUGUGCCGGACUCUUCCAUUUCACCACCGGAGGGCGCAGUGGAGUCGCACACAGAGAUGCUGCAGUCGGAGCUGCAGCAGCUCCAGGCUCAGCAGACGCAACUGCUGCAGAUCAGCCAAUCAGCUCGCUCCCUGCUGGAGCAGCCCGACUCCACGGUUCCCCCCGAGGAGAAGCAGCGGCUCCGGGUCGCCCUGGACCGGCUGCAGGCCCAGCACCAGGACAGGCUGCACAGCUGUCAGGAGCGUCUGAGGAAAUCUGAGGCUCUGCAGGACGAGCUGACCAAAUUCCUCCAGGAACACGGAAACCUGGGCUCCUGGCUGGAACUAAGUGAACAGGAGCUGCGUUCUUUGGGGGAAGGAGAAACCGACGCGCAGGGCCUGAAGGACCGGCUGGAGGAACACAGAAAGCUGGGUGAGGAUGUCAUCUGCCACAAGGCCGACCUUCGCUUCGUCUCCAUCUCGGGCCAGAAGGUUCUGGACUCUGUUCAGGGCGCUCUGGAGCAAGCUGGAGGUUCUGACCCGGCUCUGGACGGCAUCAGGCGGCUCGUCUCCGACAAGCUGCAGGACGCCAACCACAGAUACACGGCGCUGCACACCAAGUCGACAGAGCUGGGCGGCCGGUUGGGCGGCCUGUUGGAGCGGUACCAGCAGUACCAGGACGAGGUGGUUUCCAUUCACUCCUGGCUCAGCGCUCACGAGCAAAACCAAAGCAUAGCCAAGUCCAGCGGAGACACGGACCCGCAGAACCUCCAGAACGCCCUGCGGCAGGUUCAGCUGCUGCAGGACGAGCUGGCCGAGCGCUCGGUCCAGCUGGAGAAGGUGAAGCGAGCAGGAAGAGAUCUGGUCAGCGCCGACGAAUCUCCGUCUCUGAAAGCCGUUGACAUCCUAUGCGCUGCAGACGGGUUGGAGAAGCGGUUCGGCAGCCUGUCUGCGUCGGUGUCGGAGCGGGCCGAGCAGCUGCAGACGGCCGUGGCCCAGUCCGUCAGCGUCCAGGAGGGCCUGAAGGGCCUGCUGGGCUGGCUGGACCAGCUGGUUCUGAACCCCGGACCGGUCCAGCCCACCGCCCAGGCCGUGCAGGACGCGCUGACCCAGAACCAGAAACUUCGUCAGGAGCUCCUCUCCAGGCAGGGCAGCGUGGAAGCGACGCGCGACUCCGUCUCCAAGCUGCUGCAGAGCUCGGACGCCUCCGCGGCUCCGGGCCUCCACGGCAGCCUGGACGACCUGACCCGGCGCUACGCCGCGGCCCAGAGCAGCCAGGCGGAGCGGGAGGCCCAGCUCAAGGCGCUGCUGCCGCGGCUGGAGAGCUACGAGAGGCUGGGCGUCGACCUGCAGGCCUUCACCCAGAGCAGGCUGAAGGCCCUGAGUCCCGCCGGACAGCCGGACCGCAGCGUCCACGACUACAGGCAGACCGUCGAGGAGGUGAAAUCUGAGCUGGAGCAGGAGGCGGGCCAGCUGAAAUCCUUCUGCAGCCUCGGCGCCGAGCUCAGCCAGGCCAGAGCGCUCAGCGACACCCAGAACCUGCUGGAGAACGUCAAAGAUGUGACCGACGAGUUCACCAAGCUGGAGGAAAACGUCAACGAAAGGUUUGCUGCCAUCCAGGCCUGUGAGCAGCAGCUCCACCAGUUCCGCGGCCUCUCCGGCUCCCUGGUCCGCUGGCUGCAGACGGCCCAGGACCAGCUGCCCUCCAAGGAGGCCAACCUCAACACCGAGGGUCUGCAGAGGCGGGUCCAGCAGCUCCAGGACCUGCUGAAUGACUGGGAAUCCCAAGGAUCCAGAAUCCAAGACCUGAACAAGACCGGUUCCGAGCUGGAGUCGCUCAUCAUCGACGUCACGGCUCCUCGGACCAAAACUGGAGUUCCUCAGAUCAACGGUUCUGCCGGUCCCAGCAGCGUCAACGGCAUCCACACCUGUAAAGACCUGACGGAGCUGCAGGUGACCGUCUCAGACGUGAACGCUCGCUACGACGCUCUGGGCAGCGAGCUGCAGGAGCGUCUGGGCCGCCAGCAGGCGUCUCUGGAGCUGCGGCAGAAGGCCCGGCAGAACGCGGAGGAGCUCAGGAGCUGGCUGAGCGACCGAGAGAAAAGCCUGACGCUGGGACAGAUGACUUCCCCGUCCAAACCCGAGGUGGUGCGCGCUCAGGCCCAACAAAACAAGGCUCUGCUCUCAGAGCUGGCUGAGCAUUCAGGGAAGGUGGAGGAGAUGAAAAGUACAUUGAGAAAACUAAUCGCAGACAAUCCCGACUCCCCUGAGGCCGACGGCUGGAGGCAGCAGCUGCAGGAGAUCGACUCCCGCUGGCAGACGGCCAAUCAGACGGCAGCUCAGCGGCAGACGGAGCUGGAGACGUGCGCCGACCGGCUGGGCAGCUUUGCCUCGGCGGCCAAUCAGCUCGGCCCCUGGCUGAGAGAGAAGGAGCUGAUGAUGAGCGUGCUGGGGCCCCUGAGCAUCGACCCCAACAUGCUCAACACGCAGAAGCAGCAAGUCCAGUUUAUGCUGCGGGAAUUUGACACGCGGCGGCCCCAGUUUGACCAGUUGACCCAGUCGGCGGAGGGAAUCCUGUCUCAAACCGGGGACUCGGCUCAGGACCCCAAAGACCUGGAGGAGGUCCGGACUGAACUGGGCUCCAUCUCCCAGCAGUGGGAGGAUCUGACCGGCCGGCUGACUCAGCGGUCCAGUCACAUCGAUCAGGCUCAAGGAACCAGCGAAAAAUACCAGGCCUUGCUUAAGGAUCUGUCCUCCAGCAUCGCGUCGCUCGGUGAGAGGCUGGACGCUCAGGCGUCGCUCAGCGCCCAGCCUGAGGCUCUGAAGCGCCGGCUGCAGGAAACCGGAGAGAUCCGGUCGGAGCUGGAGCGGCGGCGUGGCGAGCUGUCGGAGGCCGAGAGGCUCUGCGGGGAGCUGAGCGCCAUCGUGGCCGAGCCGUACCUAAAGGAGGAGCUGAGCAAGCGGCUGGAGAGCGUCAGCGCGCCGCUGAGGAGCCUAGAGGAGAGAGCAGCGGACGGCCUGACCCAGCUCCAGGCCGCUCUGUCCUCCACGCAGCAGUUCCAGCAGAUGUUUAAGGAGUUGCGCUCCUGGCUGGACAAGCAGUCGGACCCCAAACAAUCCCCCUCCGACUCGCUGCCCUGCCGCCCCGAGGCCAUCCGCUCCCUGCUGGCGCAGACCGAGGAGCUGCAGCGCGCCGUCGCCGGCCAGCGGGGCUCCUACGAGCUGAUCCAGGCGGAGGGCGUGUCGUUGCUCGCCACGCUGCCCGCGGACGAACGCGCCGCUCUGCAGGCCCGCCUGGCCUUGCUGAGGCAGGACUGGGAGGCCAUGAACCAGCGGAUCGCAGAGCGGGAGACCCGGCUGAAGAACUCGCUGGGCAAAGCGGAGACGUACCAGCAGCACCGCGCCGAGCUGACGCCGUGGCUGGCCGAGUGCGAGCAGAAAGAUGGAGAGGUCCGGCCGUCGCUGGACCCAUCUGUUCUGGACGAGUCUCUGCAGAAAGCCCGGGCGCUGACACUGGACCUGGAGAGACGGCAGCCCCUGCUGGAGGCUUUUAAUACUGCAGCCGACCAGCUGCUGGAGCAGUGCUGCAUCGGAGAGGAAGAGCUCCGAGACGAGAAGGCGCAGCUGAACCGGCGGGUGGACAGACUGAGCGAGGACCUCCUGAACCGGACCUCCCAGCUGGAGGAGCUGGCCGGCCGCCUGAAGGAGUUCGAGGACGGCAGACAGGCUGUGGAGAGGAGGCUGGAGGCCGCCAAGCAUCAGAUCGAAGUCCAGGAGGCUCUUGGACCUCAGGCAUGCAGCGCUAAAAGCCUGGAGAGACUGAGGAGUCAGCAGGAGAGUCUGCGCUCCCUGCAGCCUCAGGUGGUCUACCUCAAAGAUCUGGCGCAGGGCCUGGUGCAGGACGCCCCCCAGACACCAGGGGGCAGCACUGAGGGAACACAGAGGCUGCAGGAGCAGGCCAAGGACACCGAGAAGGACUAUGAUGAGGUCACUGAUAAGAUCGAGCUCUGCUGCUCCUCCCUGGAGUCGCGCCUGCAGGGCGUCGGCGAAGUCCAGUCCCACGUCCGCGACGUCUUCUCCCGCCUCGCCGACCUGGACGACGAACUGGACUCCCUGAGUCCCGUCGGCCGCGACGCCGACUCCCUGGCGUCGCAGGCGGACGCCGUGAAGAGCUUCCUGUCCCGCCUGUCCGACCUGAGGACGGAGCUGGAGGGACACGCCGCCGACUGCACCUCCAUGUUGAGGAGGGAAGGCUCCUCGCCGGACCUGCUGGCUCUGCGCAGGGAGACGGAGGCGCUGAGCCGCCAGGCUGGCAAGCUGAGCGAGCGCGGCCAGGCGAGGCUGGUUCAGAUCGAGGACGCCGCAGAGAGAGUCCAGGACUUCUACCGGCUGGUGGCGGAGCUGCAAGGCAUGCUGGGAAAAGCCGAAGACGGGCUGAACUCGCAGGGAGUGGUCGGCACGGAGGUGGAGAUGAUCAAACAGCAGCUGCAGGAGUUCAAGGUAGGACUCGCUGGGUUUGAGUCGCUGCUGAAGAUGGUCGUUUUGCUUGGAGAUUCAGAAUUUCUCCAAAACGAUCGAGAGAUUUAAAAAACGGAACUUUAA